AUGAACCCAUCAGGAGGAGUAAUAGGAACUUCACAAACAUUAACAGGAUUGUCACCAUCUUAUCAAUAUUCUCCAGUAAAACGAAUGCAUAGUACACCAUCUUCAUCAUCAUUAUCAAUAAUGGAUUUACGUGAAUUAACAAAUACACUUCAAGAAUUAAAUAAUAAUUUUAAGCAAAAUAUUAAUAUUCUUACAGAAAUUAAAGAUUAUAUAAUUAAAGUAUGUGAAAAACAAGAUGCAAGACCAGUUGAGGAUAAAUCAGGUGUAGAUAAACUCGAAAGGGAACCGUUUAAUUAA